AUGAAUAUUAGGAUAAAAAGCCAAUAAAUACAACAUUUUUGCAUAUAUAUGAGACUGAAUUAAUUAUUAGAGAUUAAAUUAGAAAUGUGGAGAUACAUAAUUAUUAGUAAAAAAAGUGAUAUUGAAAUUAUUUCCUUGUCCUAAAAUUGGUUUUAGUAUUAUUUCUAUUUCCUAAAAUACUAAUAAGAUUAUUGCUGCUGA